AUUUGCGCACCUGCAAAUUCUUCAGUAAAACGAGCUGGUACUUGUACUGCAGAUACCAGGUCGUGCGCUGUAAGCAUUACACGUUUCAUUACCUAGGGACUGAACUCCAGACCCAAACCCCAGUCCCAAACAAAUUUCGAUCUGAAAUGCAGCUCCUUUCGAGCGGGAGAAGCCGGACGUCCUUCCGACACAGCCACGCGCCCCAGGGCAUGCAGGCCCCCCCGCCUUGUCGCGCACACCCGAGCUGCCGCCGCAGCUUGUUACCCCUAGCCAGCGCCGCCGUGGAGCCUGAUGUGGCGCCAUUAGUCCAGCGCUGGUUGCAAUGGGACCGGCGCGGCGCCUCGCGUCAGCGGGUAACGCAGCUGCUUGAGGACGGCAGCAGCGCCCAGCUGCGGGAGCUGCUGGGGAGCCGUCUGGAGUUCGGCACCGCCGGCCUUCGCGGCAAGAUGGGGCCGGGCACGGCGCGCAUGAACGCUGUGGUCGUGCAGCAGACGGCGCAGGGUCUGUGUGUGUAUCUGGAGGCCGUGGCGGCGGAGCAGCUGGCGGCGGGUGGCAUCGUGGUGGGCUAUGACGGACGACACGGCUCAAAGGAAUUCGCGGCGCUGACGGGGGCGGUGUUUGCCAGCCGGGGGCACCGAGUGGCUCUGUUCCGGCGGGUGGUGCCCACACCGUUCGUGGCGGCGGGCGUGGCGGAGCUGGGCGCGGCGGCGGGGGUCAUGGUCACCGCAUCGCACAACCCCAAGGAGUACAACGGAUACAAGGUUUACUGGGGCAACGGGUGCCAGAUCAUCCCGCCACAUGAUGCCGGCAUUGCAGCCGCUAUUGAGGCCAACCUGGACCUGUGGAACCUGGAGCCGUUGCUAGCCGGCGACGGCCCCUAUGAAGACGACGUCUCCACGGCCGGCCUGUUGGCCUGCCCGCAGCUGUCCGACCCCUGGGAGCGAGUCAGUGCCGCCUACUACGCCCGACUGGAGGCACUCGGCUACCUGCCGGCGGCGGAGGCGGCGGAGACGGCAGAGGCGGCCUCCAGACGCGGCGGCGCCAGCGACAGUGGCGGCGCUGGCGGCUUGAGCCGGGCCGCGGCGCUGGGUGCGCUUGGAACGCCUGUGUACACGCCGCUGCACGGCGUGGGCGCGGAGCCGCUGCUGCAGGCCUUCAGGACUUUCUCGCUGCCUGAGCCGUACAUCGUGCCCAGCCAGCGCCUGCCCGACCCCGACUUCCCCACCGUGGUCUUCCCCAACCCCGAGGAGGGCGCUGGCACCUGGGCGGCGGCCUUCGCGGCGGCCUCAGAGCGCGGCGCGCGGCUGGUGCUGGCAAACGACCCCGACGCGGACCGGCUGGCGGUGGCUGAGCGCAGCCCCAGCGGCCAGUUCCGGCCCUUCACCGGCAAUGAGAUCGGGGCGCUACUGGCGCACUGGGUGUGGACCAACUUUCGCAAACGGCACCCAGAGGUGGCGCCCUCUCGCUGCGUGAUGCUGGCCAGCGCUGUAAGCUCCAAGCUGCUGGGCGCCAUGGCGGAGAAGGAGGGGUUUGUGUUCGUGGAGACACUCACCGGCUUCAAGUGGCUGGGCAACACCGCGAUGCGGCUGGAGCGCGAGCAGGGCAUGACCGUGUUAUUUGCCUUCGAGGAGGCCAUUGGAUUCAUGCUGGGAGGCAUGUACAAGGACAAGGACGGCAUCUCCGCCGCCUCCGUGUUCGCGGAGCUGGCGGCGCACACGUACGGCAGCGGCCGUACACUGGACGAGCUGCUGCGGGGCCUGUACGACAGGUACGGCUUCUUUGACUACCGCUCGGGUUACUUCAUCACGGAUGCCGCAAAGAGCCGCGCGGUGUUCAACGACCUCCGCGGGGGCGGCGGCUUCGAGGGGCGCACGGCGGUGUACGCCAAGGACGUGGCCGGCGUGGGUGUCACGAGCGUGCGUGACCUGGGCACGGGCCUGGACACCGCCCAGCCGGACGGCCGCGCGGUGCUGCCGUGGCAGAGCGGCGACAUGAUGAUCACGUACGGGCUAGAGGGCGCCGCCACCCUCACGCUGCGGGCCUCGGGGACCGAGCCCAAGCUCAAGUACUAUCUGGAGGUGAAGGGCUCGGACGCGGCUGCCGCGGCCGCGCUGGCAGACCGGCUGGUGGGCGGUCUGGCGGAGGAGCUGGUGGGGCUGAGCAGGCACGGGCUGAAGCGGCCGGCGACGCCGCACUGAACUGACGGGGAUUGGGGUUGGGGAAUGGUUGCUUCGCGGCCUUUGGAAGCCGGGCUUUUUUCAGGUUCGCACGUCCAUGGACAAUUGACGUUCGCGAGGUUGCCCGAAAAUCCGAAAAUCCGCGUCCUGGAGGCCGCGCGGGAGUGAACGAAUGGAUGUGUGAUGGGACAGGGUUCAAGGCAGGUUGGCGAGGUCCCGUAGGGUGCAGCCGAUGCCCAGACCCGUAAGCAGACAGCAAAUAGUUUGCAGUGGCAGAGCAGAAGUGCAUGGAAUGGAUGCUAGGAUGCAUGCCUCACGGCGGGGCGCUCUGAUUCCCCCUAGUUGCUUUGCCACUCUCCCCGGACGCUCAGGUUGUUCUGAGUUGGGGGCGGUGCGUUGGUGUGUUGGACAGAUUUGAGGUAUUGCAGAGUAUGGACAAAGGUUGGACACUGAAGGACGGCAUACAGCUGGUACGGGCUGUACACUAGACGGUGCGCUUGACUGUUGUUUACUUUGCUUGCAACGGUAUCUGGGUGCCACCUCGCCUCGUCAGUUGCGCAGCUGCGUCUCAAAAGUGAGGAAUCAGGGUUACACAGGCAGGGGGGCAUGGCGAGGUUUGCCUGCAGGGUUCUCUGCGGGUGGAUCGCGGUGUCUCCGCACACAUGCAUAGUGGCUCGGCGCGUAUGUUUCAAUGAUUGGAAGGUACUCGGCCAGACUGGAUCGGGCGAGGCAUGUGGUUAUCACGCGCGGGCGCUUGGCUCCGAGCGUACAUGCUCACAUACACAGUACUUCUCUUCAGAGUGCCCGGCGUGGGGGUGCUGACUACGCCGCUACGGUAUGUUGCGCCAUGCGUGACGCGUGCACGUUUCGAAUCAUGGGGGUCUCCGCCACAACAGUCUUCUGCAGGGUUCUGGUCCCGGUCUUGAACCCCUGAUCUUCUGAUCUUCUCUCAUGUCCGAGCUGAAGCGAGGGCUGUCGGGGGUUUGUAAUGUAAGCCCAGCACAGA